AUGGAAGAGGUGCGGCCCAGUGCCCGCUGCCAGGUGCUCUCCUGGUCCCCAUUGGCUCCUCGCAGUCCCAGCCCAACUGGCACUCAGUCCCACCCGAGUGUGUUCACCUACACAGAGCAGCACGCCCCCCACAAGGAUCAGCCCUUCCUCCGGGAUGACUGCUACUAUCAUGGUUGUGUGGAGGGGGUCCCUGAGUCCCUGUUUGUCCUCAGAAACUGUUUGGGGACCCUUGAAGGGAUGCUACAGAUAAACGACCUCACUUAUGAAAUCGAGCCCAUAAGGCACUCUAACACAUUUGAACACAACUAUAGUUGCUAUAAGAUAGAUAACAACAAGACUCAAUUCCUGCCCAUGAAAUGUGGCUUAACAGAAGAGGAUAUACAACAUCAAAAGCUGGAGUUCGAGGCAGAGAACUGAAAACUGCCACCAAGUUCCCAUGGCUGGUGGACCCACUGGCCAUUUGUGGAGCUGAUCGUAGUGGUGGAAAACUAUGGUUUCAAUUACUCAAAUAGGAAUGCCUCAAAGGCAACAGAAGAUAUAUUAAAUGUGAUCAAUUUAGUAGAUUCUGUCUAUCUACAGCUAGGUCUUCACAUUUCUUGAAUUGGGAUUGAGAUUUGGAACCAUAGGAAUCUCAUCAAUGUUGAACAGGACAUAAGUCAACAUCUUGACAGUGUCAGUGAAUGGAAAAGUUACAGGCUCUGGAGGAAGCUCAGACAUGAUGUUGAACAUCUUUUCAUUAAGGAUUUCCAGAACUUAGCAAACAGCAUAAGGAGUACAAGGGAUCUCUGUAUUACUAUUUUUAUUAAUAAUUUCCAAGGAGACCCUUGGUCUCUUUUUGCCCUCACGGUGGCCCAUGAGUUAGGUCAUACUUUGGGUAUGCGACAUGAUGAAGAAUUCUGUUUGUGUGGACAAGGUGGUUGCAUCAUGAAUGCUGUCAGAGUGCCAGCAGAGAGAUUCACCAAUUGUAGUUAUGCAGAUUUUACAAAGACCACCUUAAACCAAGGAUCAUGUCUGCACAGUCCUCCAAGUCCAGGGGAAGUCUUUGUGCUGAAGCGCUGUGGGAAUGGUGUGGUUGAAGGAGAAGAAGAAUGUGACUGUGGAUCUAUAAAGCAAUGUGAACAAGAUCCCUGUUGUCUGUUGAACUGCACUCUGAGGCCUGGGGCUGCUUGUGCUUUUGGGCUUUGUUGCAAAGACUGCAAGUUCAUACCACCGGGAGAACUCUGUAGACAUCAGGUCAAUGAAUGCGACCUUCCAGAAUGGCACAAUGGGACAUCCCGUCAGUGCCCAGAAGAUGGAUAUGUGCAGGACGGGAUUCCCUGUAGUGACAGUGCCUACUGCUAUCAAAAGAGAUGUAAUAACCAUGAGGAGCAGUGCAGGGAGAUUUUUGGUGAAGGCGCAAAGAGUGCAUCUCAGAACUGCUAUAAAGAAAUCAACUCCCAGGGAAGCCAUUUUGGCCACUGUGGUAUAAAUGGCACAACAUACCUAAAAUGUAAUACUUUGGAUAUCUUUUGUGGGAGAGUUCAGUGUGAGAAUGUGGGAGACAUUCCCUGUCUGAGAGAUCACUCUACUUUGCAGCACACUCAUAUCAAUGGUGUCACCUGCUGGGGUAUCGGCUAUCAUUUAGGGAUGGACACACCUGCUGUUGGUGUAGUGAAAGAUGGCACCAUGUGUGGGCCAGGAAAGAUCUGCAUACACAAGAAGUGUGUCAGUCUGUCUCUCCUGUCACAAGUCUGCCUGCCUGAGACCUGCAACAUGAAGGGGAUCUGCAAUAAUAAACAUCACUGCCACUGCACCUAUGGGUGGUCCCCACCCUACUGCCUGCACAGAGGCUAUGGAGGUAAUGUUGACAGGGGCCCAGCAUCUGCCAGAAGAGGAGUUUUCUCACCACUCAUUGUGAUUCUUAGUUUAUCUGUUUUGCUUUUACUGUUGACUGCUUUAUUUAUGUACCAUCUAAAACAUUUUGGUCCCAAGGAGACUACGGCUCAUUCUGCAGGUUAA